AUGUAUGCUACGGACCACCCUUCAAGGAAAGAAAGAGAGCACCACUUAGACUACGACAAGGUAAUUACAAAACUCAGAGAAGAAAUCAAGAAGAUGACGGCCAUCGAGAGCAAAGAGGAGAUCAGUGACACAGACAGUGGGAUCAUCCUGCACUCUGGUCCAGACAGCCCCACGUCCCCGCUGAAGGACCUGAGCACCAACACCAGAGCCCUGAAGCUGAAGCACCAGUCUCUGGAGGAACGGCUGGAGCUCUGCCUGCUGGAGCUCCGGAAACUCUGCAUCCGGGAGGCAGAACUUACAGGAACGCUACCGUCGGACUACCCUCUGAUGCCCGAUGAAAAGCCACCUCAGGUUCGAAGAAGGAUUGGAGCUUCGUUUAAGCUCGACGCAGGCCUCAUUAGUCAGGAUCAGCAGGAUUCAGAGCUGCAAGCGCUUGAAACUGACUUGGCUCUCCAGCGGCAGAUCUGUGAGGCGGCCCGCAAGCUGUCCCUCGAGGGGAACCUCAGCAAACCACAGAAGAAGAGCAGGCUGCAGCAGUGCAAGAGGGAGGAGAAGAAAGUGAAGGAAUUGCAGGAGGCCGUGCUCCAGCACAGGAUCAAGAGUGAAUGCAACUCCCCAAUCAUGCCCAGCCAAACAAAAGGUCAGACGCGCCGCCGCCCCCUUCAGGCUAGCCUAGAUCUGUGCAUGUCUGACGACAGCUCCCUCUCUGAUGUAGUGGCUCUGGAUGACGACGUGGACUCGCUGAGCCCCCUCUCACCUCCAGCGCUGGGCACCUCCGGUGCAGACCCUCUGCCUCUGCCUGACAAGAACCCGCCACCAUGCCAUCAGACCCCAGGCCAGCUCAGUGUGGAGUACGAGCGCUCCCCCAUCCAGAACUCCCCAUGGAAGGAGUCCAGCCUGGACCAACCUUACCAGAGGGCUACAAAACCUCAGUCAGCUUGCAGGAGCAGGUCCAGCAGUCCAACAGUAGAGCCAUCGGUGCCCACAGAGAGCUGCAGGAUUCCUCUCACUCAGUUUGUCAGGAACUCGGCUCUACGUAACAACCACUCAACCAGCGCCCCCUCAACCCCAGAGCUGCUGGUGCGCCGCCAGUACUCCCAGUCUUUCAGACUUCCCAAAAAGAAGCUGUUUGUGAACAUGGAGCGCCUGAGCUCUGAAACCACUCGUGGGCGACCGAGCUUGCCUCAUCAGAGAUGCAUUGUGGAUUUCAUAGCCCGUUCUCCAGAGUACUCUCCUCUGCCCCCUUACCAGUCCAGCUCAGAGGACAGUAGCUCAGAGCACUCGUCUUCAUCUCAGAUCAGCUCUCCGGGAAGAGAUGGACCCACUGAGAUUCCUAAACUCUCCCCUCCACCCUAUGGAUUUCACUUUGGAGCACAGAAAAGAGGGCCCUCCAACCUCCCCACCCCACUCAACAACAGCAGCCAGGCUCAGCCCGGCUCCGAUCAUGUCAGGCCCACAGCAGAGGACGGCCCCCUCUCCCCACAGGAUCCGAACAUUGGAAAGUGCUUCCUGUCCACCCCUCCUGUGAGCCGCAGCCAGCAGAGAGGAACAUCCUCUAUGAGGAGCGUCCUAAAACCGCCCCCUCCUUACUCCAGGCUUGUGCGGACCCCCUCGCUGAAAGAAUACCCAAACCAUGCGGUCAGGCUGUUGCCCCGGGACAUCGUGUCUGAAGAGCUGAAGUCCUGGCAUCAGAGGAACCAGCUGCAGAAGCUGUGGUCCAACUGCGUGGAGCAGCAGAGCUCGCCGGGAGCCCUGAGCCCCACCUCCUCUCACCUGCCUCCAUUCAACCAGGGUUCGGGUAACGUGAUCCUCCAGAGAGCUGCCGACGGGACCCCGCUCCAGUGGUUUGUGGCUGAGGAUGAGGAAAUCGUGAGCCAGGUGUAACGCGCUCCCAGUACUUGUGGACAUCUCUGUUCAUUAAUUUAUCUCUGUAUUUAUUAAGACUCUGGACUCUCUGUGAGAUCAUUUGUCGACAGAAUGCGGAAAACGUGGACCUACCAGUACCGGUAUCGGUAAUUAAUUUAAAUCUUAACCUAAGGUGGUAUGCCAGUGUUAUUUAUUUUAGGUUGCCUCACGAUAGAUUGUAGGUGCAUUUAGGUUUAUUUAUAUAUCAUAAAGGGGUUAAGUUGACCAUAAACAUGCUGUAGUUCCACAGUUUCUUUGUGGCUGGUACACAUUUUGCACACAACAGUCACCUGCAGUAGCUGUUGUCAGUCCUCCUUUCUUAAUAUGAUUUCUACCCAUAUUUAUUAUUUAAAGUUUCUCCCAACAUUGACCCAUCACUACAUUUUUUUAAUACAUCCUUAACACGUGUAGCUUAUUCUAUAUAUGUAUCUAGAGAGAGAGGCUAACGAUAACAUUUUCCCUUUACUGCCAAUGUUUAAUUACUGCUGCUUUUAACGGUAGUUUGAUGAAUGUUUUCAAUGCAGUAUGCUGUUGUCUUACUAAUGACUUGAUUGUAUAAGUUUCAUAUGUUUUUGUAUAUUUAUAAUAAAUAAUAUAACCAA